CUGCAUAAUUUUUCAAAGCAAAACGUUUUAAAAUGUUCCACAAACUAAUUCAACACCGCGCGAUUCAUCAAUUUUUCAUACUUCUAACAUUCAAUGCGGUGGUUCACUCGACUGUAUUUUCGCCGAAUGAACAAGUGCUAAUAAAGCCCAAACCAAAUGGCCCGCAAAGUGCUUUCAAAACCUGCUACCAUGGCAGAUGUCAAUGCAAAAAACAAUUGGUGAAUUGCUAUAUGAGCGAUACCCACGGAGCGGUGGCGCUGGACAUUUCGUGGGAAUUUGAGCAGGAUUUUGUUAAGCUUACAUGCGAAGGUGCGCCAAAAGACCUCGAUUUGCUUUUGAGUCCGGUGACCUAUGACUUUGUAAAUGAUGCGACGUAUUUUAAGCUGACGAAUUGUUUGCAACUGCCGGCAAUGCUGCGGCGCCAAAACGUAUCGUUUGCCGGCAAUGUGGAAUUCAAUACGCACUUGUUAAAGGUGCCUGAAGAUCUAUUUUGGCAUACAAGUGAGCUGAUAAGGCUACAACUUAACAUUACAACUGACAAUGUGGCAAAUAGCUUGCCACCGCAGCUUUUUCAAAAUCUAACAGCGCUAAACGAUUUGGACAUCACAAUAGUCUCCACUUCAGCUGAAGUUGCAGUACCGGCGGAAAUCUUUCAGGGUCUUCAUGCUUUGCGUAGACUUUCAGUGUAUGUGUAUCAUGCGGCAUUGGGCUAUUAUCAAAUUUCUUAUACUCAGCACAAUUUACUCAGCCUACGCAACUUAACAAGCGCACAUUUUCGCGAGCUUGGUGGAUUGAAAAGUCUUCUACUGGACUCCAAUCAUCUGCAAACACUGAGCGACACUAUUUUCGAACCACUGCACGAAUUGAAUCACUUGAGCUUGAGCUUGAACGAAUUGCAGCAGCUGCCUAAAAAUUUGUUUGCAACGCAACGCAAAUUGGUCGUACUCGACUUGAGUAUGAACGCUUUGACGAAUUUGCCGCGUGGCAUAUUCGACAACACGCCGCUGCUUUGGAAACUGCUGCUCUCCGACAAUCGCUUCAAUGUGCCCACCAGCAUUGUGGAAAAUGUGCAGCCGUUGCAGUAUCUAUAUAAAUUGGACUUGAGCAACAACAAGCUGACGCACAUUUGGGGCACUGGUAACUAUCGCAAUCGAACGCUACUGACGCGCAGUCAGAUUAAGAUGCCAUUAGAAGUCGACGAAUUUGAAGCAUUUGUGAGCAGUGAGGAAGGCGCCAUGAAUACGAAGGAAAUCAACAAGACAAUCGUCAAUUUGAACCAUAAUAGUAUUUCGCACUUUAACUUAGACUGGGUUACCGCUGUCGAUAUAGCUUGUCCGUACGAACUCAAUCUUAUUCAAAAUAAUAUAAAACACAUCUAUGCUGCCAGAAAGCCGCCCAGCACCAGCCGCAAGUGCGCGCGUAGACUCAGGGUGCAGCAUAAUCCUUUGCAUUGUGACUGCACUUUAGCAUGGAUCUACGGCAGUAAUUUGUUCUGGCGUUCGGAUCUUUGGACUUGUGCAACGCCAGCGAAUUUGAAAAACAAACAACUCAAUCGGCUACAGCGCGCUGAUCUCUGCGCUUGGGCUCCCGCCUUUUGUCCCGACCGUUGCAACUGUUCCUACGAUACGUCAGUGCUUGUGGUUAACUGCACUGGCGCACGGCUUGAAGUCAUCUCGCAACUACCGCGUCCUGCUCAAUUCGCGCUCACCAAUACAACCCUCCACAUCGAACAUAAUAACUUCUAUGAGCUGCCCGCGAAUACGACCUUCGGCUAUGCGAAUGUGACGCACAUUUAUGCGGCACACAAUCGGCUGGCCGCCAUUCUGUCUUCGCACAUACCGCGCAACCUGACAGUAUUGGAUGUGAGCAACAAUCGUCUGACGCGUUUGAGCGAUAGUUUCCUGCUAAACUCUCUCAACGAGAGCGAAACUCUAAAGGAGUUGUAUCUAGCCGACAACCCUUGGUUGUGCGAUUGUGAAUCGGAACAACUCUUACGCACCGUAAAGGCACAACAAGCGCGCAUACCUGACGUCACUCAAUUGCGUUGCGCUAACUUUGCAAAUGCGCCACUGCUAAAUGUGACUUUCGCGGAAAUUUGCACAACUCCCUUCCUAUUUACUAACCUACUGGGACCGCUAAUUGGCGUCUUUUCUACAGCAGUAGUGCUGCUCUCCGUCAUCGCGCUCUUCUACAAGUACAAAAUGGAGGUGAAAAUUUGGCUUUUCGGUCACAAUAUGUUUCUGUGGUGUAUCAACGAAUUGGAAUUGGACAAGGAGAAAACAUUCGACGCUUUCAUUUCGUAUGCACAUCAAGAUCAAAAGUAUGUGAAUGAAGUACUGCUGCCGGGUCUAGAGCUGGGACGCGCGCCCUUUCGCAUUUGCACACACGAACGUAACUGGUUGGCUGGCACUUACAUACCCGAACAGAUUAUCGAGUCCGUUGAACAGUCGCGUCGCACGAUCAUUGUGCUCUCGCAGCAUUUCAUCGAAUCGGAUUGGGGUCGCAUGGAGUUUCGUACGGCGCAUCAAUGUGCGCUGAAUGAGGGGCGUGCGCGCAUAAUCAUCAUCAAAUACGGCGAGUUAACGAAUAUGGAGCGUUGGGAUAAUGAAUUGCAGGCCUACUUGAAGUUGAACACCUAUCUGGAGUGGAACGAUUCAAGGUUUUGGACUAAGCUACGCUAUGCGAUGCCGCAUAAGUACGGUGAGGUUAGAAAAUCAGGUAUGCUGGAAGUGGGUAGAAAUGUUUAUGAGAAUAAUGGACUAGAGUUAAAUGAAAUGUAAAAACACACAUGCAGAAAUAAGUGGGUAAAAGAAUUGAAAUAAAGUA